AUGGCGACUCUUUCCAUCAACGGUCUUCACUCUUCUCUCGAGAGGCUGAGCCUCGACACUCCUCUUCCCUCUUUUCCCCCUGCUGACGUACUAGUACGUCCUCUCGAUAUCUUUCGCUCAUACAUUGCGAAAAUCGUUGCAGAGGUCACGGGAUGUGAUCCAGCCCUUGCGUACGAGGCGAUUCAGACUACUGCAGCGAUUUCCAUGGGCGACUUGGCAGUUAUUUUGCCUCGGCUCAAGAUCAAAGCAAAUGCAGAGGUUGCGGCAGAGCUUCUGGCGAAGUUCCCCAAGUCUCCCCUUUACACCUUCCCGUUUGUUGACGGCAUCCACAUCCGAAUCUUUUCCUCCCCUUUCACGCUCCCCAGACUCCUCCUUCCCUUCAUCGCGGACCGAAAGGAGCUAUACGGUGGCGAUGAGUCGUUCGGCCUUCGACCCGCUCCUGACUCUGGAAAGCUGAAGGCUAUCGUCGAGUUCUCCUCUCCCAACAUCGCCAGCGAGUUUGAGGGUAGACACCUGCGCAGCACCAUCAACGGCGCUGCCAUCGCCAACCUGUAUGAGCGUAUGGGAUGGGAUGUUGUCCGAAUGAACUACCUGGGCGAUUGGGGCAAGCAAGUCGCCCUUCUUGCCGUCGGUUGGGAGAAGUUCGGCUCUGAUGAGGAGUUUGAGAAGGAUGCUAUCCGCCACCUUCUCGAAGUCUACAACAAGAUCGUGGAGGCCUUCAAGCCUGAGCUCGAGGCCAGCCACAAGGCAAAAGCCGACAACAAGAGCACUGCCGAAAUCGAGUCGCAAGGUAUCUACGCUGAGCGCGACGCCUUCUUUAAGCGCUUGGAGGAUGGCGACGCCGAUGCCAUGGCUUUGUGGAAGAAGUUCCGUGACGUCUAUGUCGAGGACUACACCAAAGCCUACGCGCGUCUAGGUAUCAAGUUCGAUGAGUACAAUGGCGAGUCACAGGUCACGUCUGAGUCUAUCGCCGAGGUCGAGGCUGUUCUCAAGGACAAGGGUGUCCUCGAGGAGAGCGAGGGUUCCUGGGUCAUCGACUUCAAGAAGCACGGCUCCAAGGGACUGAGCACUGCAGUGUUGCGCAACCGUACCGGCACCACUAUGUAUCUCCUCCGCGAUAUCGCCAAUGUCAUCGACCUCGACAAGAAGCACUCCUUCGACAAGCUGAUCUACGUCGUCACAUCCGACCAAGAUGCCCACUUCGCUCGCGUCGCAAAGGCCAUCGAGCUCAUGGGUCACGUCGACCUCGCCAAGAAGCUUCAACACGUUGGCUUCGGUAAGGUACAGGGUCUCUCAGCGCAGCUCGGCAACGCACACCUCUUCGGCGACAUGAUUGACCAGUGUGCCGCAGCUGUCAAGACAGCCAUGGCGGAGCAAGAAAGUGGUGCUCCAGCUUCUGCCGCUGAGCCUUUCGGCAUCACCUCUUUGAUCGCGCAAGACAUGCACACCAAGCGCGGCAACGGCUACGCAUUCGACAGCAAGAAGAUGACUGAGUUUGAAGGAGACACUGGUGCUGCACUUCAGUUUGCAUAUACCAGACUCAAGUUGGCUUUGGGGCAACUUGAAGCCGAUCCCACGGCUCUGGCCGACGUUGACUACACACAUCUUCAGGAGGAAGAGUACACAAAUCUUCUCCGACUCAUGGCACAGUAUCCCGAUGUCAUCAACGCCGCGUACAAAUCGGUCGAACCUUCCGCCGUCCUCUCGUUCUUGUACCGUCUUGUCGAGCAGCUGAUUGAGUGUCUUGAUGUCGACGAAGAUGAAGAAGCGCCUGAGGGUUCGGAAGUGGACCUUGCGAGGGCCGUAUUGUAUGAAAAUGCGAAGCAGGUGUUGGAAAACGGAAUGAAGGUUCUGGGAACGGCGGUCAUCACGCCGGUCGAGCGCGCCCGCCGCGCCGAGCGGGCUAAGGAGAAGAUCCGUGAGGAGGUGACAUUCACCCCCGCCCUUCUCGGCCGCGUCCAGUCACGCGUGGACGCGAACGCCUUCCGUCGUUGUAUCUCGGACAACACGAUCUACCAGUCCAUCUGCAACUCGCUCAAGGACCAGAACCUUCCUGAGCGCGAGCGCCGCCCCGAUCUUGUGGACUUCCUGGCCCUUGAGGCCAUUCUUCCUGUUCAGUACAACGGACAGUACAACAAGGUGCUUAAGGAUCUCUUCGUCCGUUGCCACACGAUCUCCUGGGUCAAGGAAGCCAUUCUUAAGGCCAACCACGACUGGUUCCAGGACCAGCUGAAGGAGUCGAAGGACUUCAUCCGCACCAUGAUCAACAAGGUCGACUCCCAGCUUCUGGAGAUCAUCCUCGAGGACAUCGAGACCAGCUUCUGGCGCGAGAACAUCAAGGACCACGUUCUCUACAAGAAGGUCUACCACAAGCUUCUGUCCGACACCGCCCUCACCCAGCGCGACGUCCUCACCGUGGUCGCUAUCAACGGAGGCAGAUACCCCACCGAGAUCUUCCGUCACCUCGUUAUCAAGCAGAACUCCGACAUGCUCAACUUCGGCAACAACAUGCACGCCCGUCACGAUCUCUACGAGGAUGAGGAAUACCGUGGCUCGGCUCCGGCCUACAUUCCUCAGGCCAGCAACACUUUGCAGAGCCAGGCCCCUACCGCCGCCCCUACCAGCUCUGCUGCUAGUGCCACCGAUGGCAUCGCUGACCUUGAGGCCAUUGCCGAGGCCAUGGGAGACAAGAACAAGAGUCGCGAGAUGCGCAAGAAGAUCCAGGAGAUGAAGGAGCUCAUGGGUGGUGAUAGCCUCCGAACCGUCCGUGGAGGCCGCGUCCAGAAGCCCCAGAGGAGCACUCAAGGACGACAGGUCAUGCAGUCAAUCGAGGAGGACGACGACGACGAGGACGAUGACGAGGUGGCCACCAAGAAGGAGCAGGUCAGCCCCGCCACCAAGGCCGCGCCUGCCCGUGCUAAGGGUGGUCGCAAGACUGGCUAA